AUGCUUCGGUUGAGUCGGGGUAUGCUCAAGAUUUUGGGUCUGCUGACUUCGUCUUUGCUCCUUCUCUCCCUCUCGAAAUUCUCAGGUAGCAAUGAGGACGACUUACCGUUCUUAUACGACGGGUCGGGGACUAUGGCGGGAAUGUUCAAAUACUUCAAACCGCUCGUUUCGACUCAGGAGCCUUCACCGGAGAGGGAUAGAUGGCAGAGUAUCGCCAAGUUGAAAGCACUGCAGAUCUUACUCAAGGACAUCUACCCAGCUGAAGGCUUGACAUCAGGACGAAGUUGGAAUGAACCUACCAUCGAUCGACUCAUAGCUUGUCUAACGGAGAAUACAUGUGAAAAGGGGCAAGAGACUUUGAUCAUCUUGCAAUCUCCCCAUUUCCUCAACGCCCAACGAGGGCUCACGUCGGGUGAAGAUAUCUGGGCUGCAUCAAGCCUAGAAGCCUUUCAGUCACUUAAUUAUACACUCGUAUACACAUUCGGGGUCCUCGACACUGUUCUGGUAUAUCAGACAAUCCCUGAUUUGGUGACUUCUAUCUGGUGGGCUAGUGCGGAUUUCCUCAAAUGUCUACAAUGCAACGACGAAAACUACCAAUCGACUGAGAAACCCUUUGGUGCAGGUAGGCAGACUGGUACCAAGGGAUGCCCGAAGAAGGAAGGGUUUGAGGAUGGGAUACCCGUUUGGAAGAGUUGGAUUUUUCAUUUUUGGCAAGAUCCCAGGCAUCCAUUAGGACAUGGGUGGACUUUGGCUCCGGAGGAUUAUGCGAAGUGGAAACCUGGGAAGGAGCAAAAUCGUUAUCUAGGAUAUUCGAUAGAAAGUCGAUGUCGUUCUCAAAAACAUUUCUCACCCGAGGAACGCGAACACUGUGCAGUAGCUCUGGGCAAAUUACCGUCUUACUUCGAUCCCGACCAAAAGACUUUUACUUGGACGAAUCAGCUUGAUCUCCUUGUCCACGCGAUGCCGAGGGGGUCCGACAGAAAACAAUUUGAGAUAAUCGCCUUUGCAGGCCCGACCGAUGAGAACACGGCCAUGGGAGUGACGCUCAACACGAGCGGUGUGGUCAAUUACGGUAAGAAACCAAUGGCGGAAUGGAACAGUGUGGUGGCUAGGAGCAAAUUACUGUCGCUUCAACCCUGGCGAGUCCGUGAUAUACUGGGGCCAAACGGAAGACCGGAGAAGGCGAAGACGGAGAUUAUGAAAGCUCACGCUGGCAGCAUACGACGCGCUAUGCUUCGGAGUACCAUUCAUCAAUCCGAUACUCAAGUGGGACAGAGCAAAUCCGGACGAUCAAAGCAAGUGGGACACGCAGCACAACAGCCUCAAGAGCAUAUCACCUCCCAUCAGGGCGAUGGUAAUGAGCUGCAGGCAGCUGUGCUCUCAGCACUCACCAACCCCAUCAAAAGAUAUAUCCCACCCGCUAUGGGGCUAGCGGCGGUCAGAGAGAGACACAAGCAGAUCAUUGAGUCAGACUGGGAAGCUGAGGCUUUACUAGCCGUGGACAGGCUGUAUACCUCUAAGGGCGAGAAGAAAGACGUCAUACUAUCCCUAACCGCAAACUAUCCUGGAAGUCCUUGUUUGAUCGUUCAGACCACUGAAACCUCCAUCAGCAUUCAAAACAUACCGUACCUGGAAUAUAACCGAGGACUAGAAACGUUAGCAAAAGUGUCAAUCAAAAGUCGGCAUCUGUAUGUAUCGGGUGGCAGAACUCUGGGAUACGCAAGAGACAGGAGACGUACUGGUCAAGAGAAUGUUAACUGUCAAAUGAGCUUCAACUUAUGCGUUACGGAGCAUGGACACUUACUGAGGAAAUCCGCAUUACAUCCGCGCUCGAGAAACACUCCCAAAGGCUGGCCAGUCAGCCCUGUCACUCUUCACAUAUCUGACAUCCCACGUAACAGAGUCGAUAAACUCUCGCAUAAUAUUUCGAGACAGAUCCACAAAGAGAUGGGAGUAGAGUUGAUAGAGGUGGCGGGUGGGAAGAAGGACGGUCAACCGGCAUCAUCUCUGCAUGCCUUCUUCAAGCGCAAGUCCCUAUCCCUCCCGUCCGUCAAACCUCCGGCGACAGCUUCGGUCGAAGAGUCCGAGGACGACGUUGUGGACCUCACGGACUCACCCCCACUGAAGAAGGUCAAGCUCACCGAAGUUAUCCCAAAACCACAUGUGAAUGCCAGACUGAGCUCGCCGCCAUCAGCGAACCUAGGUCCUCCUGACAGGUCACGGCGAGAACCUGCCGCUCCGUCCACCCAGCUCGAAUCAUAUCGUCUCCCUCGCCUAGCGCCUCCUCCCCCGUCGCAGUCGGGCUCUGCCUUUCCAGCUUACUCCUUGGCUUCUCAUGACAAGGCCGUAGGCCCGUCGUCUCUGCCUCAGAGGACAUAUGAGCAAGUCAAGAGGCAUGCGGAAUGGCAGCGACGUGUGCUCAGUGGAGAGAUUGUUCGCCGACGCCGAUCUUUGGCCCUUGACGAAGCUGCGGCUGUAGAAGCUCGGCGCCAAACUGGCUUAAUCGAUGAUAACGAUAUCUUAGAGGAAGGGGACACUUCCCUGGUCGACGGAGUAGCAGACGUUCAAGAGGACACGAAAGGAGACAAGCCUAUAUCCGGUAUAGUCAGCAGCCUCAGAGAGAAAUACUCAGCCAAAGAGAGCUCAGCCGCUAGUGCCAAGGGGAGGAAGAAGAAAAAGGAAGAAGAGGUCGGCCCGAGCGGUCUCACUUUCACGCCUUUAGAGAAGCAGUAUAAGGAAAUCAAAGUCAAGUAUCCGGACGUCAUCUUGAUGAUGGAGGGUGGGCUAUUCAUGUCUUUGAAGAUGGUUGCUAACUCUAUCAGUGGGCUACAAGUACAAUCAACACAUGUUGACCCUCUCAGGUUUCAUGGCGAAGACGCAAAGAACGCAUCCAAGGAGCUCGGUAUCGUUGCCUUUCCGAAUCGAAACUUCUACACUGCCUCUAUACCCACUUACCGUCUCCAUAUUCACGUCAAAAAGCUCAUAUCGCUUGGCUACAAAGUCGGCGUCAUCUCGCAAACGGAGACUGCUGCAUUGAAGAAAGUAUCCGAUAAUCGCAACGCUCCCUUCACAAGAGAGCUAACACAUCUAUUCACUGCUGCCACCUACGUCGAAGACUCUUCGAUGUCCUCUUCUUCCGUCCUGACUGACGAUCCCGUCCUUCCAGGCUCCGCCCCUCCACCGACCAACGCGCUUGUCGCCAUAGUUGAGCAAGGCCUAGGUGGGCUCACUGCGGAUGAACGGGUGCGAAUCGGCUUGGUCAGUGUGGUACCUGGCACCGGAGAUGUGGUCUGGGAUGAGUUUGAUGACUCUCCCGUUCGCUCCGAGCUGGAAACGCGGCUCGAUCAUCUCUCGCCAGCAGAACUGAUCAUACCUGCCCGUGAUCUCAGCAAAGCCACGGAGAAAAUGUUGAACCACUUCGCCGGCAUAUCACGGACAAGUGUAUCUGCCUCUGUCCGCAUCGAGCGGGUAGAUAAGGUGGCGAAAUAUAGCGCCGCCUUAAGCUUCCUGUCCGACUUCUAUAAUCAAGUGAUGAAUGCUAGGGACCGGCGGACGUCAGGCGAUAUCGAGAUGAUCGACCUGGUCAGUAAUAACAAUGAAGAUAUCGAGGAUGACGCCCCGGAUUGCCCAUCCACGGAUGAUCGGGAUGUUGUUCUAGCCGAUGACAAUGCUCAAGGCUUACUUGGUCUUGCCUCCGGUGUGCCUUCGGUAGAAGCUGUUCUUGCUCUUGUUGCCUUCCCAAAACAGGUAGUGGUUGCUCUUGCUAUCGCUGUGAAACACCUGCAAGGUACUGUUUCUAUCGUUGAGCCCAGCACCAUGGGUGGGCUGAUGGCUCACAGCUUUCAAACUGGAGAACGCAUUCAGGCAUCCAACACACUUGUCAAUUUAAACCAGACCGAUGGCGGGGUAUAUGGAAGUCUUGCGUGGCUACUUGACCACACAAAGACACGAAUGGGUCGUCGUCUGAUGCGGGAAUGGAUCGGACGUCCUUUGUUGGAUGUUAGAGCCCUCCGCGCUCGACUAGAUGCUAUCGAGGAGAUCAUGACCAACACUCUUUAUCACAUGGAGAAGCUACGAAGUCUGCUGGUCAACAUGCCCGAUCUCGUGCGAGGUCUGACUCGGGCGCAGUAUGGCAAGGCGACUCCAUCUGAGCUAGCUACAAUCCUCACCGGUCUCAAUCGUACCGGAUCCGAGUUCAAGCCCAACGAGGGUGACAUCUUCUCAUCGUCACUACUCAACAAUAUUGUGAAGACACUGCCGACCAUACGAGACAAGGCCCGGGAAUUCCUCGGGGCUAUGAACACGAAGGCCGCUUUCGAAAAUGACGAAGCCAACCUAUGGGUCGACCCGGACAGGUACCCCGAUCUGCAAGAUGCUAAAGAUUGUAUCAGUGUUUGCGAGAGCGAGCUGGAUCAACAUCUGAAGGACAUUCGAAAGAUCUUGAAGAGGCCUACUCUCAACUACGUCACGGUCUCGGGAAUAGAGUUCCUCGUCGAAGUGCCUGUCCGUGACUCCAAGUCGGUGCCAGCAAGAUGGAUGAAGAUCAGCUCGACCAAACACGUUGUUCGCUUUCAUACUCCAGAUAUCCUACGCAUAACAAAAGAAAGAGAGCAGCACAAAGAGACGUUGACCGCUGCUGGUCGACGUGCGCUUGCAGCAUUUCAAGCGGAUAUCUCGGAAAGUCACGAGCUAGUCGUGGUGGCCAAACAACUUGCAGUGAUAGACUGUUUGAUGUCCCUAUCUCAGGUCGCGGCAGCUUCAGGAUAUUGCAAGCCCGAAUUUGUCGCUGAGCCAGGGUUACAUAUCAGGGCUGGGCGGCAUCCCAUGGUGGAGAUGCUCCGAGACGAAGCGUACGUACCGUUCGACAUCGACUUUUCGGAGCAAGAUGGGUCUGUCAAAGUGAUCACGGGUCCAAAUAUGGCCGGAAAGAGUUCUUGUGUUCGAGCAACUGCUCUCAUAGUGUGUAUGGCUCAAAUGGGUUCGUUCGUCCCUGCCAGCUCUGCCGUCAUGGGCAUCCAUGAUGCUGUCCAAACACGUAUGGGCGCCUCGGACGAGAUCAGUCGAGGGAAAUCGACGUUCAUGGUGGAAUUAUCAGAGACGAGUGAUAUUCUGCGUACCGUCACACCGAGGACUUUGGUUAUAUUGGACGAAUUAGGACGAGGUACCAGCACUUACGAUGGUGUAGCAAUAGCUCACGCUACCCUCUCUCAUCUAGCCGGGAUCGGUUGUGACACUUUGUUUGUCACUCAUUAUCCCACAGUGGCCGAAGAACUAGCUAGAGAGUUCCCUGCGAAGAUCAGUAAUUGGCACAUGGCCUUUGACCAGGUCAAAUCACCUGAUGGGAGUGCUGAAAUAACAUUCCUUUAUAAGCUCUCUCGCGGCCUGGCAGAGGCGUCGUUCGGAGUGUGGUGCGCCAGACUUGCGGGACUACCAAGGAGUGUAUUGGACAACGCUCAAGCACGCGCUGAUCAGUUGAAACGAGAAAACGAAUCUCGUCGAUUUUUAUCUCUCGUUCGUCGUUUUCGACAAUUAUACACGGACAUCUCCACUUCUUCAACUACCGACCCAAUUGAAAUAAUACAAAAUGCCAAUACGCUCUACAAAGCACUUGUCAACUCGAGAGAUUGAAGACUUUUCUUGCAUGUCGCACGCAACUUCACACGUAUUCAUAGCAAAUAUUCAGAUCAAUGCAUUAUGCCUAAGUGAG